AUGACUCUGAUGUGGCUCGUCCUUAUUCUCUGCUGCUUUGGCCAGUUGAGUGCUUUAUUUCUUAAUGAUACAAGUUAUGGAGACAAUGAACUGGAGGAUAGACUUCUUCGAGUACUAAUGAGACUCAACCUGGAAGAGGAGUACAACACUCUGCUGGUCUACGGAAAAGAAUGUGUGUUCCAUUCAUUGUUGAAACACUUGAGAUUACCUGCAAUAAUUGUGGCAUCCGGCAGCACAUCUUACGAUUGGAACUUCAGUACCGCGACUCUAAUAUUGACCUGUGAAUCUGAAGCGGAGGACGAGGAGAAUUCCUACACCCUACUUAAGUUGCAGAGAACCAGGAGGCUUGUAUUUCUGCAGGAGGAUGAAAGCCCAGAGCUGAUUUGCAAUCAUUAUUCUCUGAAGGAGCAGCACAACAUUGCCAUGGUUAAUUCAAACUUUGUUCAGUCGGAUAUAAUCUACUCCUGCCGCUUCUUUCAGACACCAAACUACGAGGAGAGGCGCUUUUUCGAGGAGCAACCCAUCUACGUUGAGAACUUUCACAACAUGCAUGGAUCUGCCAUAAGGACAGUUCCAGAUCUUUUAGUGCCGCGAACCAUGGUUUAUAGGGACAGGAAAACUGGUCAGACGAAGAUGGUGGGCUACCUGGCCAACUUGGUGAACACCUACGCCGAGAAGCUGAAUGCCAGUCUGGAGUUCGUGAACAUAACCAGUCUGGGUGUGGAAAAGGCCAGUACUCUAGACGUGGUGAGAUGGGCAGGAGAGGAUGUCCUGGACAUUGGCACCGCUCUGGCCAGCUCCUUGCAGCUCCAGGGCAUGGACACGGUGUGGUAUCCCUACCUGCUGACUGCCUACUGCCUGAUGGUUCCAGUGCCCGCCAAGCUGCCCUACAACGUGGUCUACUCGAUGAUAGUGGAUCCCCUGGUGCUCAGCAUCAUCAUCGUCAUGUUGUGCUUGUUCUCGCUCCUGAUAAUCUACACCCAAACCCUUUCCUGGCAGAAUCUGACCGUGGCCAACGUGCUGCUGAACGACAAGAGCCUCCGAGGACUCCUGGGCCAGUCGUUUCCGUUUCCCCCGCACCCAAGCAAGCACCUCAAGCUCAUCAUCUUCGUUCUGUGCUUCGCCAGCGUCAUGAUCACCACCAUGUACGAGGCCUACCUACAGUCCUACUUCACCAGUCCGCCGUCGGAACCAUCCAUUCUCUCCUUCCGCGACAUCGGAAACUUCUCGAUGAAGCUGGCCAUCAGCCGGAUAGAGGUGAACAUCCUCACCUCCCUGAACAACUCGCACUUUAAUGAGAUAAGCAAGGACCACCUGCUGAUCUACGACGACUGGUCGAAGUACCUGGUCCUGCGCGACUCCUUCAACACGAGCUUCAUCUUCCCGGUGUCCGAGGUUCGCUGGAGGAGCUACGAGGAGCAGCAGAAGCUCUUCGCUCAACCCGCCUUCUACCUGGCCACCAAUCUCUGCUUCAACCAGCUCAUGUUCUUCAGUCCCCCGAUGCGGCGUUUCCUGCCCCAUCGCCACCUUUUCGAGGAGCACAUGAUGCGGCAGCACGAGUUCGGACUGGUGAAGUUCUGGAAGAGCCAGAGCUUCAUUGAAAUGGUGAGGCUGGGACUGGCCUCCUUGGAGGACCUUAGCCACAAGAAAGAAGAGGAGCCAAGUCUCUUGCUCGACGACAUCUCCUGGAUACUCAAGCUUUACGCUGGAGCCAUUGCCCUGAGCAUCUGCUGCUUCCUAUUGGAGAUCGCUCGUUUUGGUGAAAGGUGGAGGCGAUUUUGGAGGCGGAGGACGUAA